AUGGAGUCUUCCCUUUUCUCUCAGCCUGCGAUCUCGUACUUCCAACCUUUCCAAUCUCCUUGUGGGCCAUCACUGAUUUCGUGUGAGCCCGUUGCCUGCGAGGAUUUUGGUGCCAAGUAUGAGAGCAUUUCAUCCAAGGUUUGCGGCUGGGCCGGCGAACUCGGGAAGGACCACGACCUGAGACAAGGAGCUGAUUGCGCACGGCUCUUUUCGCAGACGGCGCCCUUCCAGGUCAGCGCCGAGUUUCCCAGCAGCGAGCUGAUCCCAACAGCACAGCGUCAACCUCGGGUUGACUUUCUGAGCAGCGCCACCGCCAUGAAGAGCAUCUUUCGCGCAUCCUUUGAUACGGAGUCUGAUGUGGGUGUCGCGGUGCAUCGCUUGGGCGAUUGGCUGGUUAUCGAUGAUGGCAGCGAGCUGUCAUGGUCGCCGCCUCCUAGCAGCCCAGACAACACUGAGUGGGCGGAGCGCGUUCGCACUGCUGAGCAGCAGCACGACGAAUGUUUGGCCAGAGUCGAGGCCGCCAGACUAAAGCUGUUCGACUCGCAGCAGUAUGUUGAAAAGGUCCGAUCCAUGCUCUGGAAUGCAGAAGUCGCUGCGAAGCAAGCGGACGAUGAACUGCGUGAGGCCCUCGCGGAGGCCCAGCAGGCUGCGGAAGCCUGUGAACGUCUCAAGCUGCAUGAAGCGACGGCACCUUUCUUUGAGACAGAGGCUGAAGGCCGAGGUGAGCCGGUCGUGGAAGAGGACGCUGUGGCUGCAGAUGCGAGCCAUCAGGAAGAUCCUCAGCUGUACCGCAACUUUCUGGGACAUUCCAUCCGCCAACUGCAGGAUGAGCCUACCGAGACUGAAAACACAAAGCCCAAGGAGCGCGAGGUGGACACAUGUUCGGCUUGUCAAAACGGCGAGCUCGUGCUUCUGGACAGCCCGCCGGCAUCCUUUCACCAGGUCGGAAUUUGGAAGAUUGCCGAAGAUGCUUCAGUGGUCGUUGGCAGUCGCCUGCUGUGUUUGGGGAACUCGGAGCAUCCGAAGUUGACCCUGUACCUCCAUGACGACAAAAUGAUCUCAGACACAAUGCUGCUUGAGCACUGGGUUGAGUGCCUCAUGGCCGGGGUCCCAGAGUUCGCCGUCUGCUUCCACCGCGACGGCGCAGUGCAGUCGUACUCGUUGUACAAGGUGUCAGAGUUGCAGAGCUUCCUCGAAGAAAGAAUGGAAUUGGGCAGACGGGUGCAAAUGACGUUGGAAGUUCUGCGCUGGAUCAAACGCCAGUGCCGCCUGGAAGGCUGCAGCUACUGGUUGUCCAAGGACAAGAAGGACUCAUCUUUGAAACUCAUCAAGUUGUCUGGCGCAGAUACUCCGCCCCCCAGCAGUAGUCAAGCAAGGCCGCUCCCGCCUUGCAGCUCUACCGGGGCACCUCAAGGGUUGGUCUUGAAGAACACCUUCCUGGACAUCCCGGAUGAGGACUCAGAUUCCGAAGACUUCCGUCGCGCCUUGAGCUGCCCGGCUCGCUUCCUAGGCACUUGCGAGAUGGACGACUUGUCUCAUGUAUCUCCCCUAUGCGGCAGAGUUUCUGCACUUUUCUUCCGACGUGCCGUGUCGUCUGCGCCCAGUUCUGCCGCAGCCCACUUCUUUCGACAGGUUUUGGAUUUGGAGGCCUUCAGCACGAACUCGGGCAUCGCGUGGUCCGGGACAACAGACGAGACGGGCGGGCCAGCACCAGACGGCACGGGUGGACGUGCGGCCCUGCAAGCCUGCAGUCACUUGGGGCUGGCACUUUGCGAGUUGCAAGGCUUCGGUGAAGCCGGAACCAUCAAAGGCAAAGGAGCUGCGGAGGAGGACCUGGCAGACCUGGCAGAUCUGCAAAAGCCUCGGGAAUGCGGAGCCAGUACGUCCUCUGCCUCAGCCCAGGCGGCAGCUUUGCUGGCCGGCCUUCGCGGAGAUGUGCCCAUCCCUGCUACGCGAGGGCGCGGUCGGCACCGGAUGCUGCCGCUUUGGGGUGGUGCUCAUGAGAAGAUGGAGGUGGCCCCAUUUCUCUUCAUUGCAGUGCCUCCAUGGCCGGGAGCAAGCUCGCAACGGAGCUCUCGUACACCUGCCUUGCAAGUUUCAUGUGCGUUGGCGGCGCUGGGCAGAACAGCGGAUGCCUUGAGCCUGCAACUUGCUGGCGAAGACGAGAAGCGCCUGCACAUUCUGGCGCUUCCAACGGCAGCUCUUAUUCUGCUGCAGCUGGCAUCGGCCAUGGCAGCCAUGAUGAUCCAGGGAGAUUGCUGUGAGCAUGGCUUAAAGACGGCAAGGGCUCUGCUUUGGAGGACCCUUCUUGCAGGGCAGAAGUUCGCAGCUCUGGAUGCAGCCGAUCCGCCCAGGCCAGAGCUACAACCCUUCUUCUCCCAUCUGCCAUCCAAGGAGGAGUUGCUUGUCCGCUUUGAGCAUCUUUGCGGACGGACGCUUCUGCUCUUCGCGAGUUCGGACGACAAGGCCAAAGCUCCGUCACCUUUGUCUGAGGCCCCAGCGGCCGCAGCGGCUUGGGAGGCAUUGGAUCGCCAGCUGUGCAGGUUGGAGGGUUGGCUCGACAUGCAGAAUUCCAACGGCAAGGUGGAGGCAUCUUUGGCUCGUCUACUGCCAGAUCAGGUGGAAGAAGAGUCAAGGUGGGACCUCCAUGAUGGCAGUCAGGUCCGAGCACACCGUUGGCGCAUUCGAGCAGCGUGGCACUUGGAGCGGAGUGUGCGACUUCUGCCCUCCUGCAUCUUGGAGGCGAGAUCUCAGCGUUGCUGCAGCUCAUUGCUGAAUCAGAUCAUGAUGACGUUCGCUACCUCGCUUUCGGAAGCAGCUGUUGGGCUGUUGGGACAAGCUGAACUCCGAAAAGAUGCGGCGGGCGGCUCUACCUCUCUCAUGCAGGUGCUGAAGGCGGCAUAUGAGCAGCUGAGUCGAGCAGAGGACCUGGCCACGGCUGCUGGUCACAAGGCAGCCGCAGCGCUGGCCCAGGCCAGCAGAGGCCAUCUGUGCGCACUGGCUGCUGAUUGCAUCGUGGAUGCACUGCACAGAGGCGAUUGCAAUUCAGCUGAGCAGGCUGAUGUGGUCCAGUGCUUGCUCGAGGACGAGGACAUAACCCUGAACGAUGAUCAGGAUGAGAUUGUGCUGGUUGGCCGACUGGGGGACCGAGCAGUGGCAGAGACAUAUGCAGCCAUGCGCAGCACAGACCCUGUGGUCGAGCCUGAUGCAGCAUCAGUGCUGGCGCUAAUGGCCAGCGGGGCUUUGCAGGCAGCCGUGGCUCGCCUGCGCGCGCUGCCUCCCCCCGACCUCUCCGAGGAGCAAUGCCGGCACAUUGCCCUUGACAUGCUUGGACAAGCCGUCCAGCUACUUCCUGGCGAAGGCUGCUCAAGUGCCAGUGCCGUUGGAAAUGUAUCUGUGGACAGGCAGUGUGCCAUUUUGUCUGCCCAAGCGCACAUGACCCUCAGCAAGGUGCAUUCCAGCCUGGAGAUUGGUACUUGGGCCUGCCAAGACAGGACUCGACAGCAGCAAAAAGCUGCAACUUGGCACCUGGACAGAGUGCGAGCGGCACUGCACAGAGCGUCCCAGCCUGUGCGAUUUGAAGACCACCUUGUGGUGACCGCCAUGCUGAUUCACGUGCAUGUGCUCCACGCCGGCCUCAUCAGCUGUGGGUGCGUCACGACCAAGAAGCCGCAUGAACGCAGUCUUGAAGAGCUGAUCGCAGCAAGCCGGCUUGCCACAACUGAAGAUGGUUCCAGUGGCUUUGCAGGUGACUGCGUGCUGCCUUUGCAGCUGCAGACUGCGUGGAUGGAGACCAAGACUGUUGCGCUUGACCGGCUACGCCAUGUGCUGCGGGUCCUAUGUACAGGGAAAGCUUCGAGUUCCGUUGAAGGAUGGAAGAACCUGUAUCGGUAUGCGCUCAAGCUCCAGCCGUCUGAACUGUCCGAGCUGGUCAGUGCUUACGAGAAGGCCACUUCAUGA